AUGGCUAGAGAAGAAAAAAAUAAAUUUAAAGCUGAGGUUUCAAGUACCAAAGUUGUAAUAACUAUGGAUUUACAAAGUGUUUUACUUUGCCCAAAAACAGAUGCAUCUGCUAUGUAUUAUAAACAAAAACUACAACUGCAUAACUUUACAAUCUACAGACUCAAUGACAAAGAUUUUACUCUAUAUGUCUGGCAUGAGGGAAAUGGUAGUGUAAGUGCCAAUGAGUUUACUAGUUGCAUCAUUCAAUAUAUUGACACACUUCCAAAUGAAGUGACUGAAGUUAUCUUGAUCUCAGAUGGUUGUAAUUACCAAAAUCGUAACAAGACACUAGCAUGUGCUUUAAGUACCUUGGCUAAAACUAAAAGUAUAACUAUUGAACAGUUAUUUCUGACAAAGGGUCAUACUAUGAUGGAAGCUGACAAUGUCCAUUCUACUCUGGAGCACUACUUUAAAUCACCAAUAUAUUCUCCUGGUGAUUAUAUUAGUAGAAUGAGAUUGGCAAGGUGUAAUCAACCAUAUAAAAUCAACGUUUUAGACUACUCAUUUUUUAAAAAUUAUGAUGAUGUUUGCUCUUUAAAUUCAUUGCGUCCAGGAAAAAAAAACAGGGGAUAA